AUGGGCUUUGGCGGUGUGCUGGACGACACCACCUUUUUGCAAUGUAUGGGAAGCUUUCGCCAUAUAACAGUGCAGGUAACUCGUUUUGCUGUACCUACUCUUUGUAGUCAUCGUUCAUUUAUAACAUUCGGUGACGCUUUCACAACGUGUCCAGAAGACCCUUCAAGAUGUUCAGCACUAGUUAAUCAAAAUCGUUGGCAUUCCCAUCUUUGUGCUACGAAUCGCGAAAAUCCUGGUGAAAUGCCAUCAGUUGUACCAGAGGGAAUCGUCGUGAAGAACGUAUACUCCGAAAAUAUGAUUGAUAUGCUGCAGUCACGAUUCAAAAUUAACGAACACAACCGUGGGAUGUCUCUUACCUAUACAGGGUCAUCGUCUCGACCUUCUAAUAAUGUACCUCCUGUUUUAACUCCUGUAAAUCAACCACUCUCCUCCGAUCAUUUACGACCUACUGCGUGCGUCUCUACCUGCGAGGUAGCAAACCGUCGUCGUGCUGCAAUUGCAGGUUCCAGCGUUCCUCAAAUUACCUCUGCACCACUCUUAUCAUCUCCUCAUCAGGUUUAUGCUAGUCAACCGGGUGGAGAUAUUACAGCUUUGCGUCAAACCUUGAACAGUACCCCGGUUCCUCAUUUGCAGUCGCAGGCUGCUUGUAUGUUCUGCCGAUGCCGUAAUGUACCAAUGAUUUGCGAACCUCAAAACAGAGCAUACGAAGCUGUGAAUUCGCUCUGCAUAAAGUUCAGAGAAGUUCAUCCCAUAGCUGCACAAACUUUAUUCUCUUCACUGAACUCAUUCAUAAGAGAAACAGUUAAUCGACGUCACAGCCGAGCUCUUUUUUGUUUCUGUCGCUGGCACUACUCACCACAGUGCUUCGACUCGUCUGGCCAGCAUAUCUCAAAUUUGCCGCCGACUCAUUUGAAUAGUGCAUUGCUUCUGAACAACUAUCAUAAAGGACUGUUCUAUCCUGACCCGGCUUGCGUCACCAUUUUGACGAACCAUCCAGUACCAGCGUCUCCGUGUAGACCUAUUGCGUCUACCGCUAAUGGCCUACCUGGAACGCAGCAUGUGGUGCAGCGAUGUGUUGUUUGCAAUAUCGUAGUGCCUAACGGAAGUUGUCGUGCAACAAGUUUUUGUGUAGACUACAUGAUUACCGUGCCAGUCCUUCCUCCUACGCUCAAGGAGCAAUGGGCAAAUCAUAUUUGUCGUUCUCUGACUGGUCCUUUGGCACAGGAAGUGCUUAAUGCGUUCCGUGUCACUCAUUCACCUCGGCUCUGCAUUCGCCAUUUCAACCCACGUGCCGUGUUAAUCAGCCCUUCAGGUGUCAUUGCGAAGAACCCCUCUUCCAUAUCAGAACUACCUGUUUUGGAUUUCCCAUUAUUCGCCAUGUUGAAUGCUGAAUUCUCUCAAGCUUUCAACAAACUUCUCGAUGGCAUGGAGAAAGGUCAAAAUUCCAACACUGUUGCAAUGAUGCUAAAGAUUGUUCAGGAGCUUGUCAAAUGUAACGAUGAGAAAUGUGCUCGCCCUCUGAACUCAUGCAAUGACGUGCUUGUCCAUCGUUUUCAUGAACUUCAACACAAAUUCGUUUGUAUGGAGUGCUUCAGCACUGUCGAUGUCAUCCGAACCGAGCAAGAGAUGAUAGAGCAUUUUGUUUCGAAACACAGUCAAAGAAAUCCUGGCAGUACCUCGAUUCAAGUGGUUUAUUCGUUGCACUGUCCGUUGAGAAACUGCAGUGCGGCGUUUCCUUCUGUGCAAACACUGCGGAAGCAUAUAAAUCAUGCUCAUUCCGGGCAGUUCUCGUUCUCGUCUGAUAAUUGCGCAACACGGUUUUUCAAUUCGGGGAAGAUGGCUUUCCACAACGGUGUACACGAGAAGCACAGUUGUGACGUCACAUGUUGCUACUUAUGCGGAGUCGCUGACCCAUGGCAGCGUGAGGUCAAUGGAGUCAAAGUCUCACACGAACUAGUGCAUGCAAUGAAACGAUUUAUUGCCUGUAAAACGUGCAUGGCACCUAUGGGACAAGACCCAACGGGUGUGAUGCUGAUUGACCACUUCAUGAGACAACAUAUGUUAGACCAACCGAAAAGAGUACGUCACUGCAAAGUGUGUCGACAGAACGUCGUUGAGCCUGGAAUUGCAGAACAUAUUUUGGAACAGCAUAGGCUGAUUGCCUUCCGUGCUCGCUAUGCUCCUCAGUCGAAUAUGGUGUCUGUAAUGAACGGAAGUGAAUUUUGUGUCUACCUUGGGAUACCGCCGGAGCUCUGCAAACCUAAUCCCCUGGCUGAUUCAUCUGAACUCGGUUAA